AAAGGGAAAAAUUACAUAAAAAACACACUGACCGGCAUUUUUCGAGGACUUCCCGAAGCUUCGGAAGAAAAUUGGACCCGGUCAGCCUUACGGGAGACUUGGAGUUGUUGUGACCGAAGCAUGAGUGGUUACCAAUACUUGGACGUGAAGCUAAAACUCAGUGAUCCCGAAUCCGUAACAUUGACGCCCGUCUUUCUCUGCGGCUGCAUUAUCAGCUCCCUGACGAGUAUCUUUGGGGAAAUUGGUGGACAGACCUCUGUGAAGAUUGUGAAAUUCAGCGCCUCGCAGCAGCGUUCCGUGUUCCAGGUUCCUGAGGAUUUCCUAGAACGAGUCCGCAUCGCAAUAUCUUUGAUUGGCUACUACCAGGAGGUGCCCUGCCAUUUCCAAGUGCUCAACACAUCUCCCAAACGACUGGAUUUCGAGGAUACUGAGGAAGAAUUCAUUACAUUCAUCUAGAAAGAUGUCAUCCUUUUCAUUCUGCAAGGAAUACGGCAAGGACAAGGUCAUCUUUGUCACCAAGGAGGACCAUGCCACGCCCAGCAAAAUUGAGCUGCCGGCGCCGGAACAGCCAGAGGGUGUUAUCACCAAGGACGGCAAUAUAAACUGGAGUUGCCCGUGCCUAGGUGGCAUGGCCACCGGCCCCUGCGGCGUUGAUUUUCGCGAGGCCUUUUCCUGCUUCCAGUACAGCAAGGCCGACCCCAAGGGCUCAGACUGUUACGAGGCUUUCACCAAGAUGCGCGACUGCUUCCAAAUGUACCCCACCGUAUACAACAAGUCCGGCGGAGCUGAUGAUGACGACGACGAUGGCCUGGGUGAUGCUUUGGACGCAGGUGCAGCUGGCGACGCCGAUCCGCUGGCGGAUGUGGGCGCUCCUGAAGCCGCCGAUGAGGCGGCGGGCCCCAAGAGCACCUCGGUGGUGCCCAAGGCCUAGGAUGACAAUAUCUGUUAUGUUGAACUUACUUAAUGAUAAGAGCUAGGUGUGACUUCGUAAAAAUAAAAAAGCUUGUCAUAGUUGUGGGCCAAAAAGCCACUUAAUAUAUAUACCAUGAA